AUGGAACAGAAGAAAUCAAAACCAGGGCUCUUAAGCAGGGUUUUUACCCGCAAGGGAGCAACCGUUCUCUCCGCCGGCGGUCAGGUCCCCGCGGCAAGCGUUGGUGGCAGCGCAGCGAGUGGGGCUUUUUCAGGCAGCAACAAUUCUGCCGCUACAUCCGAGAAUCUGAAAAAGACCUCUGUUGAAUUUAAUGAUUACCUGAAGGAGGUCGAUACAGCGGAUUUGGAAAACCACUCGCACAGUGUACUAAAGAUGACGAGAUGGCUGGAGAAGCAACAAGCGUAUAGCAACUCUGGAUUCCAACCAAAUGGCCUCCGCGAUUUCACCAUGUAG